UCGGACAUUAAUGAACAACAAAUCAAAAAACGAAAUGAAACAAAUUGGCUUUACUUUAAAAACCAGACAGCCAACGUAAAGGGUUUCAUAUUGCUGCGAUGAUGAUGCCUGAAGAUUCAUAUCUUCCAGCAUCGAACAGUGUCCAUAUAAGGAACCCCAUUGAAAUGCAAUAACAUCUCCGAAUAUACACUAUUAAUAUACCAUUCGUUUUUAUGCAUAUAAACGUACCUACCCAAUUACAUGCAUCAACUGUCGAUUAUUUUGAUGAUUUUCUUUAUGAUGACACGUAACUUGACAUUUGGUCAAUUUACCGAAUUUUCUGCCGAUUACAAAGAUAACAAUGUUAUUGAUUAUACGUUCCGAUAUUAUGUUGAUGAUGAAAAGUUUGGCGUUUCAAUGGAUCAUUGGGAAGAAAAGCGAGAUGAUCGGGUAAUUGGUCGUUAUGCACUGUUGCAACCCGGAGGAUACGUUCGAUCUGUUUAUUAUGUUGUCGAUGGUAGAAGCGGAUUUCGAUCGACUGUGCAGACGAGAAUGAUAGGUGCUCCACCGUCGACACAUUUUCUACAAAAAUCAUCUGUACCAUAUCAACACCAUGUACCGAUCGCUGUCAUUUAACAAGGCAACAAACUCGCUAAUGAUCUUGAAAUGUUAAAAUGACAAGGAAAGAAGUUGAAUAAAUGGUUCAGAAA